AUGUCACACCUGAGAGGUCAGGUCGUCCUGUGUGAAGUGCAGGACCUUAGGACGUCCAGCAACAAUGUAGUCCCAGCUCGCUCCCUGGGCUCUGUGGCCCUGAGGAAGGCCGAGGACAUGGAGGGAGAUCUCCACUUCAACGUGUUCACCGUUGACUUCAACGAGGAGCUGGUGGCCCUUUACGGCGGCAGUUUGUUGAGGCAGACACACUUCCUGCACGAGAGCAUUAAAGCCAUUCUCAGGCUAUACAAGCACCUGAAGACCCCCCCUCAGAGUGUGGUUCUCGUUGGUCACUCCAUGGGGGGGGUGGUGGCCCGGGCGCUGUUCACCCUGCCCCGCUUCAACACCAAUCUGGUGAGCCUCAUCAUCACACAGGCCUCCCCCCACCUGGCUCCAGUGCUGGCCCUGGACCCCUACCUGCUGGAUUUCUACUCUGCAGUGAGACAGAAGUGGGUGAACCAGGCCAAAAAGCUCAGGAACGUCACAGUUUUGUCUGUUGGGGGUGGUUACCGUGACUACCAGGUCCGCUCCGGCCUCACAUCCCUCCCUUGUCCCCCAGGAGACCCCAAUAAGUUGUCACUGGUGGCAACUGCAGUUCCCAGGACCUGGGUGUCUACUGACCACCUGUCCAUUGUUUGGUGCAAAGAGCUUGUUCUUGCUACUGUCAGGGCAUUAUUCGACCUCAUCGAUCCUGAAACCAGACAGUUCUCAGUAAACCCAGAGAAGAAAAUGGCUGUCCUGAGCCAUCACUUCAUCAGACACCCUGUCAGGAUGCUGGCAGAAACUCAAGUAACCUCCGUCUCCAUCUCAGAUUUUCCUGAAGCAUGGAGUGAAGUUAACACACUGCGUCUGGCUUACAGCACACCAAAGGAAGGACAAGUCAAAUACUUUCUGUUUGCCCUGUCGAGCCGCAGGAAAGCCUACAGCCAUUUCUACUGCCGGAGCAACAACCUGGAGAUGAGUAGCUGGGUGUACGGCUGUGUGAACGCUUCUUCAUGUGUGCAUACAGUGGAUCUGUCCACAGGAACUGAGCUCCUGCCACCCUACAAGGUCCUCGUUCUGAGUCUCAGCAACUUGUCUUCAGUUACUCAUCUGCUUGUUUCUGCCUCCAACCUCAAUGGCAAACAGUUUACAGUGGAGUGUGAGUGGCAGAGACAAGAAUUUCAGACUCUGUCUGUCCCAGCACCACAUGUCCUGUCCUUUGGUCUGACUGCCAGCGAUGUUUCUGUCAACUCCUCUGGACUUCUUCACAUCAUCCAGCUGCAGCACUUCCACCAGGUCUAUCAGGCUCUGAGGAUUAAUGUGGCAAGCCAGUGCAAAGUACACAAAGAUAGACUGCCCAACGUAUACAGAAUACAUGUCCCGUGGUUUGGAGAGGACUCUUUAACCACCGCCAGUGUGCCGUCAGUGACUGAGAUCUCAGGGAUGCUACACACAAGUCGUCCAGACAACAGCUCAGGUGUCUUCCUUCUGCUUCACACUGCCCCCAACUGCCAAUAUAAGGUAUCAGUAAGGACUUCAUUACCCCGGGUGUUGGGACAGAUACUGCGGUUCUGUGGUCCUAUGGUGCCUGUGUACACAGCUGUUACCCUGCUCCUGGCCUGUAGGAGGCAGCUGUGCUCCAUCCUGAAGUCCAGGCGCUCUGCAGACAUGAGCCAGGCGGUGGGCAAAGGCCUACAGCCCCAUCAAGUCAAUCUGCCCGUUUAUAUUCUGCACAUGUUAAUGAGCUGUAGCUGGUUUCAAGAAGUCUGGUCAGUUCUCUACCUCCCCCCCAUGGAUGCCCUCCCCUCAACCACACCUGACAUGACAUUCCAUGAGGGUGGGGUACCAGUUGAAGAAUGGCCCCACCCCCUGUCCCCUCUGUUUUACAUCUGGGGGGCCGCUGUGGCGUUCUGGGGAAGUGCACUGCUGCGUCUCAUCGUGAGGCUGAUCUCUCUAAUACUGGCUCCACUGCACAGACCAUCCGUCUCUAGAGACUGCGGCACUCUGCCACGGCGGACCCUGUUCCUCAUCACUCUGAGUCUAACUGUUAUGGGGGGGGUAUCCUGCGGGGCGUUGUCUAUCUUUGCUGCCUUUCUGCUCCAUCUUUACAGAGUGCUGAGGCUUCAGAUGACAGAAAGAUCCUUGAGUCACAUGUUAAAUCUGGCCCCCCGGCAGCACAAGGAAGCAGAGAACGGCUCGGUGGAGGGAGACUCUCAGAGCAGGUCUACAGAAUGUAAUGUCGCCCCCCUGCUGUCUGAGUGCGCCCUGCAGGAGGUGCGGGAUGACUUACAGCUUCACCUCUGCUUGUCGGCGCUCUUCACGCUGCCUGUCAUGCUUAUCGCACCCUCACUCAUCCACUGGAUCCGCAACCUGAGGUAUUCCCCCCAGUUGGACCCUGACCCUUGUUGGCCGCUCUCGGCGCCUCUAAUUAUUGUGUACAUGCUGCUUAUAAACUGCAACACUUUAAAACUCAGCAACAGUAAACUCCUGCCUCUGACAUCCUGCAUCCCGCUCCCUAUGUCCAUCGCCAUGGUGACCUUCUCUCCACUCCACCUCUACAGAGUCAGCUACUUCCUGUUGGCGGCGCUGGUCCCUCUGGCCUCGUGUGUUCUGCUCUGACGGUAUCUGUCUGCUUUCAGUCCACAUCUCCACCAUAACAAGCCUUUCUCUGGAUUACAGCCCGCCUCCCUGCCGCUGCUCCGGACCCAUCUGUUCUGGAAACACGCACUCUAUCUAGCUGCCGUGGAGCAGAGCCAUAGACAUACAUAGCUUGGGGAACUGUCCGCUCGAUGUUGGCACUAAAAGCCUCAUGGAAAUUACUCAAUGUUUUAGAAUGGGAGGAUGUAAUGACCUUGGAGCAUUUGGUGCAAAUAUGGCUCCAAACGAAGGGUUGACCUGAAACCAAGUUUGCCUUACUCUGUAUUUCUAUAGCUCUGCCUUCAAGGAGCACUAACUCCACUACCAGUGAAGCUACUGAUACUAGAGAAUCUCAACAGGGUGUUACUGUUCAAAUAUGUUGUUGUGUUUGUGUGGUUUCUACGGUCUACAGUGGCAUAGUUCACUGUGGGCCCUACACUGUACACUGCUUCACUGCCUAGCGAUGACUUGUGUUCUCUUUACCUAACGACUGUCCUAGCACUGCCACCAAACCUGUGUACGCGCUCCAUAGGAAAAUCCAAAGUAAUCAAGUUUACAUCCCCCCCAUAUCCAACUCUCUGGUGCAGAACAAUGACAGCCAAUGGAAGUUGUGCACUGGAGAAGGCUUUGGUGCAUGUGCAGGUUCUGAUGUGACUCUUUGUGUAAACAUGUCAUUGGCACCGCUGCAGGGCUUGAUCCGGAGACCUCUGUGUGAGACCGUCUGCAGUCUGUUUUGAAGUGCCACACUUGCACAAAUUAGGAUUAGGCAGGGAGUUAAUAGGGGAAUUGGGAGAUAAAGAUUCUAAAAAGACAAAUUAUCAACUGGGGCUGGGACAAAUGAUUCCUUUUUAUUGAGUGUUUAUGUCAGACACACACAGUCACAUGGUUAAAUGCAGACGGUGCGUCACUGAGAUUAUAUUGAUGUAAAAUCAUGAUAUGGUCCUUGGUGUUUUGAUACGAUGCAGCUGAAGCUGUAUGUUGUUUUUGAUGAAGUUUAAAAAGCAGCUUACUUACUUCCUCUAAGCCUUGGAUUUAUGUCCAUUGGAGGAUUAUGGGAUGUCUGUUCAGUAUUGCAGCUGAUGUACAUUAUGAUUGGAGCUUCAAACUGCACUUGGGGGUUACUGAAAGAAGUGAGUUGUAUGUCAUGGUUACUGUAAUCCACUCUCCCAGUGGCAGGUGUACAGGUGAAAACUAAAGACCAAGGAAACACCACCUUUUUGUCUUACUUUUUUUAUUUUGUUUGAAAUACCUUUUUCCGAAUCACAAAACUACCUGUCUGUUUCUAUCUUCUGUUUUUAAAUGCUUUUACUUAAUGUGUAAGAACACUUGGAAUUAUUUUGACGAUUUUUAGGAGCAAUUAAGAGGCUAGAGUUAUUCUUUAUUAUUGUCAACAACCAGUUUAAUAUUCAACCUCAAGCCCAUUGCUCCCUCCUGAUGAAAUCAUUAAAGGCUUGAUUAUUUCUUUCAAAAGCUGCCCACUGUAGUUUAAAGGAAACAAAGCAUCAUGGUGAAAAUAGUGCAUUUGUUGGGGACUAUUUUCAAUGUUCAAUUUGUUAGCAGGAUGGUGUAUGUGUGUGCGAUGAUGGUAAUGAAGGACUAUGGUCAGCCAUUGCAACAGUGAACUCUAUGGCACAGUAUCAGGCUGUUACACACACAAUCCAUGGAGUUGCUUUUGCUCUUCCAAUGGGAUUGUUGACAGCAGGAGAAACAAUGGGAAAUAAUCUGACUAUUUCUCUUUGACUAUUUUUAGUAAGUCUUUUUAGGGAAUGAUGUUAAAGAAACACACUUUUGGAUUUAUUUUGCCACGAUUGCUUCACAACAUCAUUAUAAUUGUUGUGAUGAUCAGUGUCUUAGGCCUAUCAUUUGUUUAUUUACAGUAUGUGGGUCACAUGACGGUGAUUGAUCUACCACAGCUGAACUAGAGUUGGAUUUCACAUUGUGUAUGUAAUGCCUCUGUGUUCAGGCAUUGUGUAUUUCUGCUUUGUUUUAAGGGAGACACUACAGGUGAAUAGGGUUGACAUUUUAACAUGUCCAUAAUAGGGACAUUUUAUUUUUUCAAAUGUGCAAAUUACAUCAAAUAAUCCAUUUUGACCUUGACCAUAAAGACAGGAAUGACACUAUGACAUUUGGUGUAUGUAGAUCAGAGCAUGAGAAAUAACGUAUUUUUAAGAAACAGUUUUUAAGAUAUUGUAAUACAUUUCCAGCGCCUACAUUUACACAGUACCUUUACCUUUAACCUCUACAGAUGAUCACCUACAUGAAGACAUUUGCUUUGUUUAAAUAUAAACAAGGCAUUAUCUUAAGCAACAUUUUGGGUAAUUUAGGAGAAAUCUACAGAAACAAAUGGACAAAGUUAGUCAAAAAAGUGUAUUUUUUGGAUGUUUUCUUCCCACUAGUCUGAAAGAACACAUGUAAAGCAGCUGAAAGUGAUUUCCUGUAGUGUCUCCUGCUGCUGCUCAGCUCUCAUGUUGCUGAGCAGCUGCUGUGCCUUCCUGCUGCUGAAUGCAGCGCUGUGUCUGGCCCAUCGUCAGGCCUCAGCAGCAGUGUCUUAGUGAAAUGAUACAGGUCUACAGUGAAUGUGUUUACUCACUAAAACAUGACUUCAAUAUGGCAGUAUGAUUUCACAUUUGUGUGGCUCUAUAAAACUAAAGAUAACUUCAUCAGGGACCAAUCCCUCUUGCCCCUGCAGUAAGCACAGUCAUGAGUCAGCAUUCUCUGCAGAGACACCGCUUCUGUCCCCGAUGAGAAUGUCCCUGCACAGAAUGUCUUUGCGUGUCUAUGAAUUGAUUACUGGUGGCGUAAGUGGUCAGCGUUUCUGUGCAUGUGUCUGUUUGGUGCAAUUUUAGUGCUUUGAGACGCACAUGGUCGGCCUCUUUGUAAAUUGGUGGUAUACACUAAUAGAAGAAAUGAGUUGAGAUUAGAUGUGUUUUUAUAUCCAUAUAAAUGUGAUUAUAUCGGUGUUCACUGUGACAUGAUGUUUCACAUGAGGGUCUUGAUUCUAAACUGACAUACUAUCACUUUGGCAUUGUCUUUUUUAUAUUCCAAUAGAAGAAAAUAAUCUUGCUUACUCACAAGAUCCUUUUUUAACCUUAUUGUCACUGACAAUUGGUCAAUUUGUCAGUUAUUUUCACAAUUAAAUUCCUUUCUUUAACUUUAUUUUCCCUGAAAAUGUGUCAAUUUGUCAGUUAUUCUCUUGAUUUAUGACAAGGAAGUAAAGAGUAAAUGAUUGUCCAAUAAGUCUUUACAGUAUGAUACCUCAGGCAGGCAUCUUGUUACUUUAUCAUCUUGUCAAUAAAAUCUACAUUAUACAACGUACAGUAUGUUUAAAAAAACAUUUCCUACAGACCAAGUUCAGACCGAGAUUUGGCGCGGCUUUCUGUCAAAUCACAGUUUAACUUACUGAAAAGAAUGACUCAGUCAAACCAAAUCCCUUUUUAGAACAGAACAUUUGAACGGAUACAAUUUCCCUUAUGAAAUGUAUUCCCAGUGUGGAAUCAGUCGUAAACAUGCUCUGGUGUUCUCAGCACAAACAUCCUGAUAUAAGACUGUAGUACAAUACUACAAUAACACAUACACAUGAUAAUGACAGCCAACAAUGAAUCAGUCAUUUUUCUUUACCAAGUAACCUAGCUGAUGGUUUAUCUAGUACUAUGGGAGUCAAAGUAAUAUUGUUCUGUUACUACAGUUUCUAAGUGCUUUAAAGUCCAGUAACCCUAUCAUGUUUCUUUAUUCAGCUUCUGCCUACAGUGACUUGUAACCUCCUGCCAGCUCGUCCUUGUUGUGCACAAUAAAGUGUCCUCUGACCUUAAUAAUAACCUGGCAUGAUGAAGGAAGUGAAAAUGUAACAUAUCUGAGGGAAGGUUUCUUUUUUGUGUUGAGGCUUUGGUGUGAGAGAAUGUUCUUCUCAGGUUUAAGCAUUAUUGUGUCAAAAGUGACUGCUUUGAUGUUUUUAUAUUUCUCACAUUUUUAAUCUGAUGUCAUUGUAAACGGUCAAACUGUGCAAUUUCUGGCACUAUUGUUGUUAGAAUAAAACAAAAAAUAUAUAAUUGUUGUCUUGUUACUACGGUAUUAGUAUUGUUGUUGUUAGUAAAGAAAUGUUAUUGAAAGAGCCUUACAUUU